AUGCCGUGGGCCCUGGCUGUUUUGCAUGCGACGGAGGCACCGUCGACGCUUCUGGCGCCCCAUCUGUGCCAACAGUCGCUCGGCUCCAACGGUACCGCGCCCCCGGCCGGGGUUGUGAACAUAUUUCUCUCCGGCCUCAAAUCCCCUGUUCUCGGUGCAUCUGCCCUCAACGUGACCCUUGCCUCGGCGAAUAUCACCGGCGGAGCGGCUGAGUUUGUGCUGCAGCCCCGGAAGCACCUAGCUGCUGCGGCAGCUGCCGUGCAGGCCCUGACUGGACGGUCCACAUCACCAGCUGCCAAGCUGCUGACUGGAAGCUACCAGCUAACAGCGGCCUAUUCUGGCGACGCCCUGUAUGGCCCAGGCACUGGCAGUGCCAGCCUGGACGUGGCCGCCGGCAGCGACCAGGCAGCUGCCGCGUAG